AGGGUGUAAGUGGGAGCCCAGUCUGAGCUGGAUUCUGGCUCCAGAGCCCACCACACCAUGCCAUCUUGCAUUGCCCAGCUGGUUUGGUGGGCACAGAGGAGGGGGUGGGCUCCACCUGCAGCUAGCAAUCUUUAAUUUUGAUUGCUGUUACUACUGAUACCUGAGCCAGUGGUGAUGCUACCUAGGGGACAUUUCUGCAACCCAUAAGUCAACAGCUACACGAUCGUGAGCCAUGCCCUUAGUGAAGAGGAACAUCGAGCCCCGGCACCUGUGCCGGGGGGCCCUGCCCGAGGGCAUCACCAGCGAGCUCGAGUGUGUGACCAACAGCACCCUGGCUGCCAUCAUCCGCCAGCUGAGCAGUCUGAGCAAACAUGCUGAGGACAUAUUCGGAGAGCUGUUCAACGAGGCCAACAACUUCUACAUCCGCGCAAACUCUCUGCAGGACAGGAUUGAUCGCCUCGCUGUCAAGGUCACCCAGCUGGAUUCCACAGUGGAAGAGGUGUCACUACAGGAUAUCAACAUGAAAAAGGCUUUCAAAAGUUCCACAGUCCAAGACCAGCAGGUGGUUUCAAAGAACAGCAUUCCUAAUCCUGUUGCUGACAUUUACAACCAGAGCGAUAAACCGCCUCCUCUGAACAUCCUUACACCGUACAGAGAUGAUAAGAAGGAUGGGCUGAAGUUCUAUACUGAUCCUUCCUAUUUCUUUGACCUCUGGAAAGAAAAAAUGCUACAGGACACAGAAGACAAAAGGAAAGAGAAAAGACGUCAAAAGGAGCAAAAGCGUAUAGAUGGCACAACCCGGGAGGUGAAAAAGGUUAGAAAAGCCAGAAACAGGCGCCAAGAAUGGAAUAUGAUGGCGUAUGACAAAGAGCUUAGACCCGACACCAGGUUAUCACAGAGCGCACACCACGGAGCGUCUUCUGAAGGAUCCUUGUCCCCAGACACUAGGUCCCAUGCAUCGGAUGUCACGGAUUACUCGUACCCGGCCACCCCCAACCACUCUCUGCACCCGCAGCCUGGGACCCCUUCCUACGGAGCAGGUGACGUGCCGUCCCACGGGCCAGCAGCCCAGGCCCCCGAGCACGAGUUCCGGCCCCCGUCGGCCUCGGCCCGGCACCUGGCCCUGAACAGGCCCCAGCAGCCCCCACCGCCCCCACCGCAGGCCACGGAGGGCCCCCAGGCCCCCGCACCCAUGGCCCCAGCCGACUACGGGAUGCUGCCGGCUCAGAUCACGGAGUAUUACAGCCCCUCAGGACCCCCGCCACCCCCGCCCCCACCCGUGAUUCCCUCCGCACAAACUGCUUUCGUCUGCCCCCUCCAGAUGCCCCUGCAGCCCCCCUUCCCGGCCUCCGCCGGCUCCGCCUACACUGGCCCUCCCCACCCUCCCUCCGGUGGGCUUGUGGUCACAGCCCCGCCGCCCCCAGGCCCCCCGCCGCCCCCUCCCGGCCCUCCAGGUGCCGGCUCCUCGCUCUCCUCCUCCCCAAUGCACGCUCCCCCGGGGGCUGAGGCCAAGAGGCAGGAGGCCGUGCAGCCGCCCGUCAGCGACGCCCGCAGCGACCUGCUCGCCGCCAUCCGGAUGGGGAUUCAGCUGAAGAAGGUGCAGGAACAGCGGGAGCAGGAGGCCAAGCGCGAGCCGGUGGGCAACGACGUGGCCACCAUCCUGUCCCGGCGCAUCGCCGUCGAGUACAGCGACUCGGACGACGACUCGGAGUUCGAUGAGAACGACUGGUCCGACUGAGACGGGCGCCCAGCAGGCCGGGCCGGGCCGGGCCGAGGGGAGCGUGUCGACAAUGUCAGUGGUCCCAGCACCCAGAUAGUGGUAUUAUAAUCCCGUAGCUUAGCCACUUUUGUAUCAAUAAUGUGAGAUUGCUUUUGCACAUCCAAAACUUCUGGGUUUUUUCAGUAUUUACUGUGUAAUACUUAAGUGCCACUAAACAUAGCAAACCGUGCUGCACACGAGGAAAUAAUGCUGUAACUAUUGCACCGUCCUGAAAACAGCCUCUUGCUUCUUUCUCUCGGCCACAAACGCGUUUAGUGCUGUUUGGGUUCACGCUCCUUAAUCAUGAAAAUCCUGCAGACUUGCUGUGUGUUUGUGAAGCUGCCUGUUGUCAGGUCUCUGCGAGAUUCACGACUGUGCGACAGACCAGUGUCUUCCGAUCAGUAAGCGAUAUUGUUUUCCACUUUUUUUUUUUUUAAAUGUGUUCAGAAGAAGUUGGUUCUCAAGAGAAAGAUAUGACAAGUAGGAGACUCAGCUGUCUGAGCUUGCACUGUCAUGGCCGGUGGCCUCUGUCUAUCUGGAGGCUCUGUUGAAGAACCUCAUUUUCUCUGCUGACCUUGUGAAAUGUGAAAUUGGCCCUUCUCAGGCAGGAUCCCUCACGGGCGUUCAUGGAGUCAGUGCUUGCUUGUGGUUUCUGUAGGAGGUUUCAGCAGCACAGUAGGAAGGAAAGGGGAGAACAGCCCUUUUUCCUUUGGCAUCGUCGGGACGGGGGUUGCACUCAGUCGGCGGCCUCUGGAGCUGGGGAACCAGCCCACACGGACCUGGGAGCAGAGCCUGUACAACCUCUCUCCCAGAACCACGUCCCAGGUGGGCCCACGUGGAGGCCUUGGAGCCACAGAGAAGGCUCCAGGUGGCACCUGGCCCCAACUGAUCUUGAGUUCUGAGAGCUUCAUUUAGGUGAGAGGAGACUGUCGCAUCUUUUUUGCCUUCCCUGGUGCUGUGGCCACAUAGGGACCCAGCCCUCGAAACACACGGGUUCCUCUUCCACUCGGUCGUCGGCACACCACCCUUGACCAAGUACCCCAGGGGAGGGUCGACCCUUCCUUGUCCCUUCCCACGUGGUGACAGGUGAGCCCGAGCAGGUCUUCCUGUUCAAGACAAACUGCUAGGAAACUUGUGAAUGAGAACUUAGAUUCUGUAAUGCUAGGUGAAGGUGAACUGUUUGUUUGAAAGAAAAAAACACCCCAGGCUUUAAUCUCAGGUGUAACUUCACAGAUGUACAAAGACACUUUACCCCCGAGCAGUUCUGACUUCUCUGCCGUGUGCAACUCGGGUCCUAGUGAUGCUCAGUUGUGAUCAAGGAAUCUGUGGCUAAAACAGAGAUGUUUGGGUGGAUGUAGGAUGUCAGCAGGACCCUGACUGCCGGGGAUGGGGGGUGUGGUUGCUGAGUUCUCCCCAGGAAGCUGCUGCUCCACCAUCACGUCUCUGUCCCUGAGGGACACACACGGGCUGUGGAAGGUCCCGUCAUCCAGUAAGGGCUGCCUGACGGACCUUGAGUCCCCUGGGCUGGAACUCAAGAAGAGCCUCAGAUCUGUAUGACCCUUGUUUCCAAGCGCCCAGGCCAGGUUGUCUGAGUCUUUUCAGCUAGAACCAGCUGUUCAGGCGCAUGGUUGUUGGUGCUCCUCACCACAUUGUGUUGCCUCUGAGUAGCUACAAUGAACUCCUCAGUUCCUCUCUUUUAAUUUCUCUCUUUUUCUCCAGUGCAGAGCCCAGCUAUGUUGGCAUUUUUCUUGGGACUUUUACCAAUUGUGGUCAUAUUUUGUCUUUCUUUACAGUAUUUUGUCUUUAGUGUUACUUUUGGAUACGGAAGCACCUGUGUCCUUCUAGAACCUAUGUUUGAUAAAUCUUCUUUGUCUCUUUUUUUGUAAUGUCCCUUCUGUCCUCAGGAUGGAGAGAAUGCAUAAAGCUACUAUCCGUGUCAGGAUUUCUUCUAUUUAUAUCUUAUCACAGUAAAAUUAGUGGCACUUUAUACAUAUUCAUGAGCCUGUUAAGUAUUGGUUGUCUUCCUGUAGUUUAAUCAACAAGUUAUUUUCAACUUGAUGUUCUGACCAGUGAAAACGCUUUUGCCCUGAUGUGUUAUGUAGCCUCUAAGAGAAUGGAAAAGGACUAAAAUCCAUUUUAGAUUAUUUUUCGCAGUAUUUUUCUCAGCACUGAUUUAUUCUAAAAAUGAAAUCCAGACUUUUUCUAAUACAAUAGCACAUGAAAAGGAAAAAGUGACUAUUUUGAACUGUCCAUUUUCAUUUUCAAGAAAUAUUUACGAGACAAAUGGAGAAAAACAUUUAAAUGCAUACUUCCUAUCUAUGGAUUUUACAUUUUAAAGUAAGCUCUAUGUUGUAAGGUUAUUUUUUUGUUUAGUCUAAUUUCUUACAAGCUUUUUCUCAUGUCAUGGAUCAGGCAGAGGGAUGAGAAGAAGACUCAGAACUACCCAUUAACUGCACGCAUAUGAUGUAGUCACUUUUCUGUUGUUUAGCCCUAAAACCAUAAAAUUUGGUCACUUAUGUUUUUCUUCAGUAAAAAUAUACUGUUGGAGAAUUAGCAUUUUCAUUUCAGUAAAAUUUUAGAAUGUUGAAAUCUUUUCUGAGCACCACGUGGCUAGAUUGUGAAAGUUUUGUAAUAAUUUGCAGCUGAAAUUCAUGAUACAUUUUCAUCCAUUGAAGACUCAUGGGAAUGUAUCAGCCAGAGUAGCAAGUAAUUUUUGUUUUCUAAACAAGAGUCUGUCACCUUGCAGUAUUACCAAUGCUGUUGUACACUGAAUUUAAAGUGGUAUUAAAAAAAAAAGAAAACUCCUGGUAAACAAUUUUUAUCUGUUUGUAUAUCUUACUAUAGAUUAUGUACAAGCAACAUCUAAAUAAAAUUACACUUUUAACCCUAAA